CUCAGUGCUUCAGCGUGCAUCCUGGCUGAACGGCGGCGGCGGCGGCAGCAGGACCAAAGCGCGGCGCCGCGCCUUCGUCACAAUCGAUCCGGUUUUGAUAGAGGGCGCUCAGACAGUUGGUUUGGUUCAGCAGGAUUCGGUCCUCGCGUAGUUUGCUCGGCAUAUUGGGGCAAGAAUGCUAAAACGACGAUGGUUUGACGUGCGAAAAUGUAGCGGUGUAGUGCCGUCGGUGUGUUAAUCGUCGUCGUUGCGAUCUGAUCACGGAGGUGAGGUGCUCGCGGCUCCCACACGGCCGCAUCGAAGAAAUGCUGUAAUGGCAAGAGAGUCUCCCAAGGUGCAGCACACAGCUAAGGGGGUUGCAAAUUGCGGUGCCGAUCGGCCAGGUAGGCAUUGUGUCUGAAAAUCGCGAGGACGAAUACAUGAUCCUGCCGUUCCCAGUAACGACGCCGCCGCCGCCGCACAGCGAGAAGGAGAGGGAAAGCGCGAAGAGCAAGACGGUGGAAAAUAUUUGACACGCUAAAAUAGUAUGCGCGUUAUCCCCACCUCCCCGUUGCUGGAUAUUGGGUCAGGUCAGUUGUCACUAGGAAGGUUCGGUGAUCCCGUUUCAAAGGAAACACUCCCCAUAUGAACGGGCGAUAAUAAUCAUCCCGGGUGUGCGCGCGAUGUCGCUUGUGGCUGGUGAUUAAAUUCGGUGCGCUCGGACACAAUGGGAAUGUAGAAAAACGGAAGCCGAAAGGAUGAAGGAGUCGCGCGGAAAGAGACCCUUUAAGCUAUGGGACGGGCGGCGUAGCGUGCGCAAGGGGCUGGUGGUGGGAGGCCUCGACGAGUUGGUGCAGCGCGGCCGCGACAAGCUCGGCGUCUCCAUCGGCGAGCCGGUCCGGCUCGUCCUCGAGAGCGACGGCACCCAGGUCGAGGACGCCGAAUACUUCCGCACCCUACCGCCCAACACAAUCCUCCUGCUGCUACGGCCGGGCGAACGCUGGCUGCCCGCUGGAGUGGACGUCAUACGUGCAGUAGCAAUCUCGGCUAUCCCGAAGAUCGUAUGCGAAACGAUACACGCCUUGGAGCUGCACGAUGAAACGCCAUCCUGGAAAAUCAUGGACAACAAGGGUCGCGUCACAGUUGUGCUGCAUUGGGACCAGCGUUCGGGUCCGUCUCGGGCGUCCUCAUCAGAAGCUCCGUCGCCAGCGCCAGGCAAGUUUUCCCCCAGCAAGCGACCCUCUCUCGUAAUCCAGACAUCCCUUCCAGGCGGUAAGAAGGAGACGGUCAUCAACGACAUAUACCCGCCGCAGCCACGCUACUCGAGUCCCCAAAUCACUGUGAUAAACCACGACGACGUCAAGCCCUCGCACCGGCUGCUCAAGCAGGGCAGCUCGCUGGAGAGCGCCACGAUACACAUCCACACGCCGGAAUGCGCGCACCACGCGCACAUGCCGCGCGCCGGCAGCCCCCAGAGCAAUGGCGCCAUCGAGUGCGACUUCCAUUGCUGCGCGCUGCACGAAGAAGGGCGCAAGAUCGCGGUGCACAAGAGUGUGGCGACGUCGCCCAUUCAGGACGCGCAGCAGCAAACCUCUCCGCAGCCGGCUUCACGGCACGUGCGCUUCCUCGACAUCGAAGGUGGCGGAGGCGGCGGCGGUGGCGUUGGCCGCCAUCAGGAUCACGAGAGCUCGGAGAGCGAGACGGAGAACACGGUGAUGGAGGACGAGGCCGUCACUUCAGAGAAGUUCCUCCUGCUCAUCGACCAGCUGAGCGUCGAUCAGAAAAAGCACUUGAGCAUUAAGGACAUUGGCAUCAUCCUCGAGCGCCUCAGUUCCAAGAUUCUCGACGUGGAACGGCUCGACCGCGAAAGCGAGAGCGACGACUGCUACAACUGGACCAUCAAAGCGACCAUCCGCGGCGAUGUGCUGCGCGAGCUCGGCGUCAUCUACAACGGAAACUACUACGCCAUAUCCGAGCAUCCCGGCUACAAGGAGGAGAACGAAGGCGGCGGCGAGGAAGUCGAAGAAGAGGAGGAGGAAGAAGAUCGGCUGUGAAAGCUAAUAACGACUGCCAACAACUAAGCAAACACAAACAAACCAAUAACAUAAUUCUACUACUUAUCGCGUCAAAUAGCACAAAUAAUAAUUAAACGAAACACGCGCCGUGUGGACAUUUUAUAAAAAGCGCAAAACGUUACGCCACGCAGCGGCCGCGGCGGCUCUGCGUUCGAAUAAGAAUAAACAAAAUGGGCGCAGCAUGGCGGUGGCGAGAAAGAAUCUAUUUAAUAAACGAAUGCCAAAGAUGAGUAUUACGCUGUAGUUAAAUAUGAACAUAAAGUGCGCCCAUACCAGUGCGAUGGUGCGACGCUGACAAUCGACAUACGGAUCGAUUAUAUUUCGAUACACAUACCUAACUAAUGCAGUAUUUCAUAGAACGAAUCACAAUUAAUUAAUCCGCAGACCGGUGGGGACCUACACACCUCCUACGCGAAUUAUAUUGUUCUCUUAAUUUCGUCUAGGACCCUGUUACUCUUAUACUAGAUAUCCAUUGACAUGAAAAUCACACGAUUUUUUAAAACUACGAGGAAAACAAAUAAUAAUAAAAACAAACACUAUGAUAUCUCUUGUACAUUAUAAAAGGAAUAUGAAACGACGAAAAGCGCGAUGACGACGGCGCCUCGUGUGGCGCAUCAUUAAUUAGGUGAAAUGAAAUCAGUAUUAUAAUAUGAUACUCUAUUUAAAACGAAGCAGUAUUAACUAAAUGAGACAAGAAAUUAAAUAAAAUUACAUACAUGAACGUAUUUGACUGAUGAUCAUUAAGUAUUGACGACGUAUUAAUUCAUAUAUAAAUAUAUAUAUUAGUUAAAUUAUAUAUAUAUAAACAAUGUGAGAGACGUAAAGCAAAUGAUUAAACUAUACCAAGACAGAAAUAAACUUACAAAGUAAAUGAAUUACGCAGAGCGAGAGAGAAAAAAUGCAAUUAUUAUAAUUAAUUAACGAGAUACAUUUUGAAAUACAUAAAUUAUUAACUAUUAAGAAGCAAAUGGAUCGUAACCGAUUGACGCGCGACUUUUAACUAGCAGCCAAACAGUAUUUAGACGUUGAGCAAAUAAGAUGAACAUUUAAAACAAGAGAUAAACACGUAAAGAACUGGAAGAAAAGUAUUAUUACACAAUUGCUUUGUACUUUUUAUAAUUAUGUGGAUUGUACGAGUAUUUAGCGUUUAAAGUUAAUUAUUUUUAAGAUAUAAUAAUUAAAUAAUAGCCGAGAGGACGUUGACGACUACACCAUGAAAAUGAAGCGAAAAUGCAGCAUAAUAGAGUAUUUAUAAACGAGUUGUUUAGAAUAUUGAAGAUAUUUAUAAAUGGUGGUUAAAUGAUUGUACAUUGCUCAAUUUGUCCUAUUUCCACUUUGCGUUUUUGUAUUUUUCUCAUACACACACCUCGACUACUCUUCCAAGCAUGCAAGACAUCAACGACAUUACACUCACUCUGAUUUCAGUUCCAGACAAACAAUCAUUCGGAAUUAAAUACGUCUCUGCGUUCACCACCUACCACCCCCAUCUCAUCCACCCCAUCAAUGAAUGAGCAGCAUACUCUCCCAUUAAUAUACUAUUAUUAUAAUUGUAAAACAUAAUAAACACGGCAAACAUUCGAAUUCAUGUAUAUUCAUUCUCAUGGGAAAAAGAAAAAUAUUAAUAAAAUAUAUAUUAUAUAAUAAAUAUAUUGGUCGGGUUUGUUGUGAUACGAAUGAUAGACAAUUUUUUCAUAAACGACAUUAUGAAAAAAGAAACUUGUAGGUCUAUAUUAGAUAAAUAACACACAUUAAGAUAAAAACAAACAAACGAGGGAUUUACAAACAGACAAGAGAUGCAAACCAAACAUCGUCGAGCGUAUAAUAUAACUAACGAUGUAAUAGAAACGAACGAAUAUCUAAUUUAAUAAAGCGUUAAUGCCAUCAGAAGUACAUCCAGACGAACACUCAUACGAGAAGCAUUAAGCAUAGUGAAAGUAAUACGAAAAUUACAGCUGAACAAAACGAACCAUUUAAUAAAUAUCAUCGUGAAAUAACACUACCACUGCAAGUUUAAUAUACCAAAAUCCAGCGUGCGCGCUGGGAGAAUCUGCGUGUCCUGCCGUUUUAGCACGCGGAUCGCAUCAAUUUGUAUUUGUAUUGUAUUUGUUGCGAUUGGCGGUGCAGAGCACUCGCAUAUUUUCCGAACGCGCUCGCGUAGGGCAUCGAUCGAACAAUAAACUAUUACUAAUUUACAAUUAAACGAGAAGUAAUGUGCUACUAGCUAGGACGCAAAUAUCCUGAACAAGAUAAACACAUUCAAAUGAUAAGUCAGAUGAUGAUGAGCGAGGAACAUUUGGGGUGAACAUGAUUCCGGUACAUUUUUUGUACGUAUCGAAAGACAGACACUAUCGCAAGCGUCGGAUUCGAUUGCAUAGAAUUCGGCGCGUCCACAUCCUCAUAUGUAAUGUUCUAAAGUCUAAUUACACUGCCAGAGCAUGUAACAUUGAAAAUAAAGGAAGAUCUAUAAAUA